CAUCCGACACUCCCCUUGUGUAAAGCAGGGCAGGGCAGGGCAAGUCAGGGAAGGGGAUUAUUUAUUGCCAGUUGCUAUCACAGUGUUAUUCUUUUAAUUCAUAGAAAUGAGUUAUCCGGGAUAUGGUGCUCCCGCAGGCGGAUACCCUGGAGGGUAUGGAGGUGCCCCUGCUGGUGGCCACCCUCCUGGUGGCCCUGGUUUUGGUGGAUACCCUGGUCAGCAGCAAGACCCUCUCUAUGGAUUUUUUGCUGCUGUUGCAGGCCAGGACGGGCACAUAUCAGCGGAAGAGCUCCAGCAAUGCCUCACACAGGCUAACUUCUCUGGUGGCUACAAACCUUUUAACCUGGAGACCUGCAGACUGAUGAUCAACAUGCUGGAUAGAGACAUGUCCUGUACUAUGGGCUUCAAUGAGUUCAAGGAGCUGUGGACAGUGCUCAACGGCUGGAAACAACACUUCAUGUCCAUUGACCGUGACCAGAGUGGGACCGUGGACCCCCAGGAGAUGCACCAGGCAGUCACUUCUAUGGGCUACAGGCUGAGCCCACAAGCCAUGAACGGCAUCAUCAAGAGAUUCAGUUCUCAGGGGAAGAUCACCUUUGAUGACUACGUAGCUUGUUGUGUAAAACUCAGAACCCUGACUGAUUUGUUCCGGAAGCGGGACCAAGCUGGACAGGGAAUGGCCACAUUUCCAUACGAUGAUUUCAUCCAGUGCACGAUGUGCACAUGAAGAGACAGAGCAGAUUUUUUUUUGGACUCAUACCAUAAUCUGAAAAAUUUAGCAUGUUAAUUCUUUCCUGACAUGUAUUUUUGAUACUCACAAAUCACUUUAUUGUUUUGAUUGCUUUUAUACAAACAUGACUAAAACCUAAUUGUCACAUUCCACAUUAAUGGUUUUGAAAUAGGAAGUUACUAUAAAAUCAUAACAUUACCAUAGGAAACUGGAAUAUUAGCAAACUAUAACCACUAGGUGUGCCUAUAAACCCAUGUCACCACUGUAUGUUAUGUCACUGUUGAAAGUCUUUACUAUUCAUCAUGCUAAUCAAGAUAUCCCAAAGAGUGCCUGGUGCUGUGCAAAAUUAACUAUAGCUGCGAGAAAUCUUCUCUGUAUGUGAAAGAGAGUAAUAAACGCGCCCAUAUAUGUGUGGAAUACACCUCC